AUGUCGACCGUCGUUUCCAAGCCAUCACCGCUGACGACCCACCCAUUGCUGGUGGGUUACCUCUCAGCGCUGGCUGCGAACCCGCUUCGCACCAAGAUGAUUACAUCUGGUUUCUUCUCUGCUCUCGCUGAAAUCCUCGCUGGACACUUUGCAGGCGUAGCACCGGUCGCGACCAAAACACCUUCGACGCUUGACGAGAAGAAGCGUGCAUCGCAGCAAAACCCUGUCGGCCUCCUCUGCGCCUACGCUGCCAAGCUUGGCAUCAACGAAAGAGCCUUCAAGAUGUUCAUCUACGGCUUUUUUGUCUCGGCACCCAUGGGACACGUUCUCACUGGUCUGCUUCAGAAAGCUUUUGCUGGCCGAACGACAACGCGCGACAAAAUUUUGCAGAUCAUCACCUCCAACCUCACCGUUUCGGUCUUUGCCAAUUGUGUCUAUUUGACUUGUAUGGCGUACAUCAACGGUGCUCGAGGAGUAGAGAACAUCAAGACGGCUGUAAAGGCAGCUUUCUGGCCGGUCAUGAGGGUCACGUGGACCACAAGCCCCAUCACGAUUGCCGUGGCUCAGAACUACCUGCCUGCCGUGGUGUGGGAACCCUUCUUUACCUUUAUCCGGUUCAUUCUGUCCACCUACUUCAACACGGUGGCCAAGAAGAAGCAGAUGAAGCUAGCAAGGCAGGCAAAGCAGAACCAGUUGGAUGGCGACUUGGCCAAGGGCGCUGCUCAGCGCAAGUAA